UUUCAAGCCAGUCAACGAAGUGUGGUGAUUUGCAGGCAGAGCACGAUACACGACACAACGUCCAACCACCGAGUUUUAUAGGAAAUUUAACACCUACCGAGUCUAAUUUACUAAACCAGACUUCCUCAUGGAGGUCCAUCCAUUCAAUCAAGAGGCGUUCAAUAAGGCCACAUUGGAGGAAAACGAGGGAGCCAUCAAUGGUGCCGGUCAAGUGGUUCAUUGGACUCAGUGUGACCGCGCAUAUCAGAAGAAUGCGGGAGGGGGCGUGUGGUUUGGCAUGCCAAAGGAAGGAGGGUGGGUAAAGGUCGAGGCUGGCAAUUCUGUCUAUUUCAUCAGAGGGGCAAAUGGUGAAGUUAAAACGGAUUCUUUAUUGCCAAAUUAGUUUCAGCGAAUCGAGCGUCACAACAUUCUACAUUUUAA